AUGAGCAACCUCCAACCCCCCACUGGCGCGGCGUCCACGACCACCCCCAGCAGUAACAAAGACGGCCUGCGAUUUCCCAGCAAUGGAAAGACCAUCUACCACCGCCCUCUCAACAGAACCAAAACUGCUGAGCUGAGCCAGGCGAGCUUCGCGUAUCUGUUCGGGGAGAUGGUGACCUAUGCGCAGAGGCGGGUCAAGGGCAUUCAGGAGCUAGAACAGCGACUUAACCUCCAGGGCCACUCUAUCGGUCUCAAACUUCUCGACCUCCUCCUCUUCCGCGAACCAGCCCGCACGCAGACCCGGCCGUUGAGCAUCAUCGCGCUACUCCAUUUUAUAAAGCAGAACAUUUGGCAGCACCUCUUCGGCCGCCAAGCAGACCGGCUCGAGAAGUCUGCCAACCCCGAAACACCGGACGAGUACAUGAUUAUCGACAACGAGCCCCUUGUGAACCAGUACAUCAGCGUGCCGAAGGAGAUGAGCCAGCUCAACUGCGCGGCGUUUGUGGCGGGUGUGGUAGAGGGUGUCUGCGACGGAGCUGAUUUCCCUGCCAAGGUGACGGCGCAUACGGUUGCCGAAGGAGAUAUGUGGCCAGGAAAGACGGUCUUCUUGGUCAAGUUCAGAUCGGAGGUCUUGGAAAGGGAGGGUUUCUUGGGGAAGAAUUAG